CAGCCUUUACCGGUAUCCUCACUGCUGUGCUGACAGUAUAAACUCACACAUUGCCCAGGCGUGCUAAAGUUAUCUCUCAAAGUGAGGUAGCUUUUCACUUGUUAUGGCUGACCAGGCUGUCGUGGAGAAAAUGAGCGAGAUGCAAGUGGACGAGAAAAAAAAGGGGGCGACUGAAGGCGGUAAAGAUGGAGGAAAGAAAAAGGCUAAAAAUGCUGCUGGGCAAUCUGCAGGCAGGGCCGAGCUGACACCAGCCCCUGAGUACAUAGACGAGCGUCUUUCUUUGUACACCAAGCUGAAAGCCGAGCAUGACGCUCUGAUGGCUGAGAGGGCUGCGAAGGACAGCCGGGCCAUCAAGGUGACUCUGCCUGAUGGGAAGGUGGUGGACGCCGAAUCCUGGAAGACUACACCAUACCAGGUGGCCUGUGGAAUCAGUCAAGGCCUUGCUGACAACACAGUGAUUGCUAAAGUGAAUAACGGUGUGUGGGAUCUGGACCGACCAUUGGAGGAGGACUGCAGCCUUCAGUUGCUGAAGUUUGAUGAUGAGGAGGCUCAAGCUGUUUACUGGCACUCCAGCGCACAUAUCCUGGGUGAAGCCAUGGAGAAGGUGUAUGGAGGCUGCCUGUGCUACGGCCCCCCCAUCGAGAGCGGCUUCUACUACGACAUGUUCUUGGAGAGCACUGCUGAUGGUGUUUCAAGCAAUGACUUCCCAGGACUGGAGACCUUGUGCAAGAAAAUUAUCAAGGAGAAGCAGCCCUUUGAAAGGCUGGAGAUAAAGAAGGAAACUCUGUUGGAAAUGUUCAAGUACAACAAGUUCAAGUGCCGCAUUCUCAAUGAGAAGGUGACCACUCCCACCACCACAGUGUACAGGUGUGGUCCCCUGAUUGACUUGUGUCGCGGGCCUCAUGUGAGACAUACAGGGAAAAUCAAGGCCCUUAAGAUCCACAAGAAUUCGUCUACAUACUGGGAGGGUAAGGCGGACAUGGAAACCCUCCAGAGGAUCUACGGAAUCUCCUUCCCUGACCCCAAAAUGCUCAAAGAAUGGGAGAAGUUUCAAGAGGAAGCCAAGAACAGAGAUCACCGCAAACUGGGCCGGGAGCAAGACUUGUUCUUCUUCCAUGACCUGAGUCCAGGGAGCUGCUUCUUCCUGCCUAAGGGGGCCUUCAUCUACAACAGCCUGAUUGAGUUCAUCCAAAGUGAGUACAGGAAGAGGGGUUUCCAGGAGGUGAUGACGCCCAACAUCUACAACAGUAAGCUGUGGCAGACCUCCGGCCACUGGCAGCACUAUAGCGAGAACAUGUUCUCCUUCGAGGUGGAGAAGGAGACCUUCGCCCUCAAACCCAUGAACUGCCCGGGACACUGUCUGAUGUUCGAUCACCGGCCACGCUCCUGGAGAGAGCUUCCAAUUCGCAUGGCCGACUUCGGCGUGCUGCACAGGAACGAGCUGUCAGGCGCGCUGACAGGCCUCACCCGGGUCCGCCGCUUCCAGCAGGAUGAUGCUCAUAUCUUCUGCACCAUGGACCAGAUUGAGGAAGAGAUCAAAGGCUGCCUGGACUUCCUGCGCACUGUGUACAACGUGUUUGGCUUCUCUUUCAAACUCAACCUCUCCACAAGACCAGAGAAGUACCUGGGAGAGCCGGAGGUCUGGGAACAAGCAGAAAAGCAACUGGAGAACAGCUUGAAUGAAUUUGGGGAGAAAUGGAUUCUGAACCCCGGUGAUGGAGCUUUUUAUGGACCAAAGAUUGACAUUCAGAUCAAGGAUGCCAUCGGCCGCUACCAUCAGUGUGCCACAAUUCAGCUGGACUUCCAGCUGCCGAUCCGCUUCAACCUCACCUACGUCGGCCAUGAUAGUGACGACAAGAAGAGACCAGUGAUCAUCCACAGAGCUAUCCUGGGAUCAGUUGAGAGGAUGAUCGCCAUUCUGACUGAAAACUACGGCGGAAAAUGGCCUCUGUGGCUCUCUCCUAACCAGGUGAUGGUGGUGCCUGUGGGACCGACCUGUGAGGAGUACGCUCAGAAGGUGAAGCAGGAGUUCCACAGCAACGGCUUCAUGUCUGAGGUGGACCUGGACCCCGGCUGCACUCUGAACAAGAAGAUCAGAAACGCUCAGUUGGCGCAGUACAACUUCAUCCUGGUGGUGGGAGAGAAGGAGAAGACGAGCAACACUGUAAAUGUGCGCACCCGGGACAACAAAGUGCACGGCGAGCGCACUGUGGAGGAGUGCAUCGAGCGUCUGCAGCAGCUGAAGACCUGCAAGAGCCGGAACGCUGAGGAGGACUUCUGAUCAUCCCACACUCAGAUAUCAGCUCGCUCUCUCAACAGCACCGAGAGCUUUUAACUUUAAAAGAACCGUGUGGUUGAAUCAGUUUGUGGUACUGCUAUCACAUGUUGCCUCGUCUCUGCUUCUUACUCGUUGGAAAAUCAUUUUUCUUUGAUUUGACAAUUGUGUCUUCUAUCGCCUCUUUACUGUGUCGCUAUGAUUUCGGUAUUUCGUUUUCCUUGGAAGCAAUAUUUCUGUCCAUAACCCAUCUGAUUAGAGAGAUACAUUUAGGUAAACUCCUAUGUGAUAAGGUCUUUGAACAGCUGAUGCAUAAACUGAUUUAAAACAGAGAGGAAAUGGUUCGUUACACUGUCCGAACAGUCAUUCUUUCUUCAGGGAAUCGUACACGAGUUACAAUUUUGUUAAUUAAACAAGAUCUAUUCUUAAUCUU